AUGCCCGAGAAGCCACAAUCACACAACCCAGCCGACGACAUCACACCAGAAAUUCGACAGAACGGCCAGUCAAGCCAAGACAUGUCCAAAGAAAAGGUGCUCCUGGCACCGGAGGAGGGUGGAAAUUCAAAGAAGGGUAGGAGCUUGCUGCAUGUACCGUCUCGGUCUUCCUCGCAGCGCAAUCAAUCCUCUCCCACGUCGACGGGGCUGAGUGGAGCAACAGUCAGCGACUCGAGAAAUAGCAUCGGCGGACGCUCCAAGGAGUCUAAGAGCAGCAUUUUGGGACGGCGUCGAAAUGGCAGUGUUGGAAGCCACCGAUCUGGCGUCGAAACCGAACCGACCAACACCCCCGGCAAUACCCUACCGAACUCUCCCGUGAACCCCCCGCAGAAGAAGAAGAAGGGCGGACUGUUUGCCCUUUUUGGAUGCUGCGGAGUCCCCGACAAUGCAAACGCGAUCGAGAACGGUGACGACGCCGUCCACAAGCUCGACAAGCUGCCCGCAAGACCGACAACCGCCAAGUCCAGGCAGCCGACCCCACAGGAGCAACAGCAGCCGUCAUCAUCCAUCCGACCCCAAAUCCAGGAAAAGCAACCUCAGCCCGAGCAACCGAUGUCGAUAAACGAGGCAAAGGGCAAGCGCGUCUCCGGCGCGACCACGACCGAUGAUACUACCGUCGGCGGCGAUGUCGGAGAUUCUAAACAAACCACUGCUGCCACCAGCAGUGUUGCUGCGCCGGCCAUCACAGUCGAGUCCACCACUGGCCAGCGGGUGGAGGAGGAGACGUACAAGAAGGAUGCCGAGGAAGAUGAGGCGAUGCCGGAUGCGACGCCCGUGGCCGAAGUGAGGCAUCAAAUCCCGCCCCCGGUAGAAGAUGCGCCGACGAGCCAGCAAUUGCCGCCGCCUCCACCUGGACCAGCUCCGAAUGCAUCAGCACUCGACGAUGCCGCUUUGGAAUCCGAGCAGAAGUUUCUGCUGCCCCCCAUUGCGCCCGAGUUCAAGGGCAGAAAAUGCCUUGUUCUCGAUCUGGACGAGACGCUCGUACACAGCUCCUUCAAGAUUCUUCACCAAGCCGAUUUCACUAUUCCCGUAGAAAUUGAGGGCAACUAUCAUAAUGUUUACGUUAUCAAGCGACCAGGCGUCGAUCAAUUCAUGAAGCGCGUAGGAGAGCUUUAUGAAGUGGUAGUCUUCACUGCGUCUGUCUCCAAGUAUGGCGACCCCCUUUUGGAUCAGCUGGACAUCCACAAGGUCGUUCACCACAGACUCUUCCGCGAGAGCUGCUACAACCACCAAGGGAACUACGUCAAGGAUCUUUCCCAGGUGGGAAGAGACCUGAAGGACACCAUCAUUAUCGAUAACUCUCCCACCUCGUACAUCUUCCACCCCCAACAUGCCGUUCCCAUCAGCAGUUGGUUCUCGGACGCGCACGACAACGAGUUGCUGGACUUGAUUCCCGUUCUAGAAGACCUCGCAAAGUCAGACGUCCAGGACGUCAGCCUGGUCCUCGACGUUACACUUUGA